AAAUAUUAUAUGCAUUGACCUUUUUUUGUUGGGGCUCAAUAAUUGAAGAAUAAUUCCAUCCAUUGGAAAUGACCGAGUAAUGCAGCAGGUGGAUGAAAAUGUUGGGUCUAAUUUCCCAUUGAUCCCAAGACUUAGUGCUACAUGAAUUUUCUGCUGUCCCAGCCUAAGUUCUUCAUUUUCUUACAAUCAUUCUGAAGCCCACUGCGUCAUUUUCACUCUUUCAACUUCACAAGUAAUCUAUAACCGUUUUUUUUUUCUUUUCCCCCAGAAGAAGAGAAAAGGGGGUUUCUUUUCAAUUUCAAGUUUGCAUCUUUUGGUGAAUUUCUCUUUGGAGAAGAUUAUAGAAAGCUUCUGUUUUGGUUCGUCAACAAAGGUAGAUGGCUGAUAGGAUAGUUGGAGUUGUUAUCGGUUCUGUGUUAAACAAAGUUCUGGAACUUGCUGCUGAAAAGAUAGGUCUUGCUUGGGGUAUGGACAAACAACUCAGAAAGCUUGCUGACAAGUUGGAGAUGAUUCAAUCAUUGCUGGAUGAUGCUCAAAGCAAGCAAUUAACUAGCAAAGUCUUCCAACUUUGGCUAAACAGGCUCCACCUCGUUUCUCUUGAUGCUGAAAUCGUGUUGGAUGAUUUUAGGUAUGAAGUUCUUCGUGAAAAGAUAAAGUGCCGAAAGAGGGACAAGUUAGACACCUUUUUCUCAUCCUCAAAUCCUCUUUCAUUUCGUUUGACCAUGGCUCAUAAGAUCAAGGCUGUUCUGUCAUCCUUAGAAGUGCUUCUUGCAGAAGCAAGUGAUAUUGGCCUUAUGCCACUAGAGUACAUAAAGUCAGUUCCUGACUUAAAGGACGAAAGGUCAACCAAUCCUUUCGUGAAUGAUUCAAAGAUCGUGGGGAGGGAGGAUGAUGUCUCAAAAAUGGUUAGCUUGCUAACUAGCACAAACUAUGAGGCGGAGCUACCAGUCAUUACCAUUCUAGCUAUGGGAGGUCUAGGGAAGACGACCUUGGCUCAGCUGAUCUACAAAAAUGAGACAGUUAAACGGCACUUUAACAAAUUAGCUUGGGUUUGUGUCUCUGACAAUUUUAAUGUCAUUAGACUCUUAGGUGAGAUGUUACAGUCUCUUACAGGUACAGACCACCAAUUGACAAGUACGGAAGCUCUAGUAAACAAGUUGAAAAUGCAACUGAGGAAUCAAAACUAUUUGCUUGUACUUGAUGAUGUUUGGAACAAUAAAGGAGAUGAGUGGGAUCACAUGAUGGCUUGCUUGCUAGAAGUUGGAGGUUCUAAAAGGAGUAGGAUUUUGACCACUACACGUGCUGAGGAUGUUGCUUUAGCUUUGCGAUCAUCUGAAUGUCAUCGGCUUGAUAGACUCUCAAAAGAACAGAGCUGGGAACUGUUUGUAAAAUGUGCAUUCGCGAAGAGAGGUGCUACUAGUACCCCACAAUUCGUGGAUAUUGGUAAAAGGAUAGUAGAAAGAUGUGGUGGUGUUCCACUAGCUAUUGAGAUAAUAGGAUGCUCACUUUACUGUAAGACUUCUGAAGCAGAGUGGUCAGUGAUUGAAAAAAGUGAAAUGUGGAACGCAAACAGUGGAGGAGAUAGAGUUCUUGCUGCCAUCAAAUUAAGUUUCAAUCAUUUGCCUUCAUUGUCAAUCAAACAGUGUCUUGCACAUUGUGCCAUUUUUCAGAAAGACACCACCUUGAAAAAAGAUCAACUUAUACGAUUCUGGAUGGCACAUGGCCUGCUAAAUCCUCCAAAGGGAAGCCUAUUUGAAAUGGAAGACAUAGGCAUCACCUAUUGUAACGUUCUUCAAAGGAGUUCUUUGUUCCAAGUUGCUGAAAAGGAUGACGACAAUAAUAUCACGGCUUAUAAGAUGCAUGACCUCGUCCAUGACAUUUCACUGAAAGUGUUCGAUGAUCAUUGCUUUCAUAUUGAAGGUCCAAAGGUCGAAAGCAAUCAAGUUAAAGCUAUGCAUGUAUCAAUCUAUUCAAGGGACAGGAUGCAUAACAGCUUGAAAGGUGUUUUUCCCUCAAGUCUGAGGACUCUUUAUCUGAAAGGUAUAGGCUUUGACUUGUCUGAUGAUUUUUUUGAAAACUUGACAUGUCUCCGAGUUUUGAUUAUUGAAGAUAUAUGUGCACGUACAUUACCUGAUUCAAUUGGUUUGAUAAAGCAUUUAAGAUUUCUUGACAUCAGCGCCACUAAGAUAACAAAGCUCCCAAAGUCCUUCACAAAGUUGUACCUUUUGCAAACCUUGAAAGUUGGGCAUUUUCAAGAGCUGCCAGAGGCCUUUGGUAAUUUAAUCAGCUUGAGGCAUCUUCACAUGGACAUGUUACCUAAAUGUCCUCUCUUAGGAUUAUGUCAAUUGAAAAAUCUUCAAACAUUAUCUUACUUUAAGGUGGGUGAAGCCCAGGGAUGUCAAAUUGGAGAGUUAGAACACUUAGACAACCUUAGAGAACUGAACAUACUAGACCUUGAAAAUGUUAAAAGCUGUGAAUCUGCAGCCAAGUCAACAUUGUCAAGUAAAUCAAGCAUUCAAACUUUAAAGCUUAGGUGGAGCAGCAUUUGGGGAGUUCGUGACGAUCUUGACGUCAUGGAGAGUUUAAAACCUCAUUCAAGUCUGAAAAAUUUGAGUAUCUAUGGUUAUCAGAGUCCAAAGUUUCCAUCCUGGAUGACGAUGGGAAAAAAUGGUUCAUUCAUACUCAGCAAUUUGGUUCAGCUGAAACUAGAGUGGCUUUUCAGGAGCAAAACACUCCCAUCACUUGGAGGCUUGCCUUUUCUUGAAUGUGUAGAGAUAAGUAAGUUACCCAGCGUGAAGAGCAUAGGAAAAGAAUUCUACGGUUUAUUAGAUUUUAAUUGGAAAACAAUAAAUAGCAGCAGGACCAUCACUGUGUUUCCUGCAUUGAGGAGACUUGAGUUAUAUGACAUGGAAAGUUUGGAGGAGUGGACUGAUGCAAUGCAAAUGAUUCCGACAACACAUUCAUCAUCCAUUCAAGUGAAACUAUUUCCUCUGCUUGAGAAGAUGGUUUUACGGGAUCUAAGUAAGUUGAAGAUUUUUCCAAACUUGGGUGGCCUGCCAAAUCUUCAAGAAUUGUUUGUAGAACGCUGUAAGAAUUUGACAGUUGCAUAUGAGGAUUGGAAUAAACUCAAUAAAGGGCAUGGGUCCCCUCAAACUUUUGAAAAUCAUGAUGAAAGGCAAUGGCAUUCACCUGAUGAUGAGGAAGAUGUUGGGGUUAAUAAAGAAAUCCAAUAUCACUUCCCAUCUCUACGAGAACUGAAGAUCAGUAGCUGCGACAAGUUUACUGCACCGUUUUGCAGCCUCAUCUCGAGUUUGGCUCUUGAAUCCUUAAAUAUCGACUACUGCCAUCCUGAUUCAUGGCCUAAGGAUCUGAACCGCCACAGCAACCUUAGGACAUUAGCCCUGGGUUCAACAUUCUUAGGGAAGGAUCAGCAACCUGACCAUCUGCCCUGGCCCUAUCCAAUCAUUUCCAAUGCUACAAGUUGUUCUAACUCUCUUACAUCCCUCGAAUUGUAUGCACGUGGAAAUGAAAAAGUCAAGUCCCUCCCUCAUCAAAUUCAAGAUGCGACAUUGUUGACGUACUUAUGUAUAGAUGGUUUUGAUGGGUUGGAGACGCUUCCAGAGUGGUUGGGGAACUUAGAACGUCUUCAGAGGUUGAAAAUUUCGAGUUGCAAACACCUCAAGCAAUUAUCCUCCGCGGUUGCAAUGAAGCGCCUCACCAACUUACAAACUUUGGUCAUCAGGUAUUGUCCCCUUCUGUCAAACUACUGGUUCGAAGGAACUUACUCAGAGUGGGUCAAGAAGAUUGCUCAAAAAAGUUCAAUUUGAUUAGCAGCUGCCUGCAUGCUCUUUCCAAUCCAACUUGUGAGUGCCUAAAAAUCCCUGUUCAUUUUUUUUUUCCCCCUUUUUCAUCAUUGCACAUAAACAGGUCUACAUUUCAUCAUUCAUGUCAUCAAACUCAACUGCUGUGCGCUGAUUGGUUUUGGCAGGUACAGAGAAAAUCCGCUUUCAUGAACAAGUAGUAUCAUAAAGCUUACUUCUUCUGCAAUGGAAGCUUUCGAGUACUUCUGAAAAAGAAUGGAUCAAUUUCAGAUAUCUAAUUGUGACCAUUUUGCAAUGCCUACAUGAUUUCCUGCAUUUUCUGCCUUACAGGAUGGUCCUUGUCGGUAUUUUUUGCGCGGAAACUGCGUGUUGGAGAAGUAUUUUUACCCCUUGUAAUGUGUGGCAGUUUGUUCAUGCAAAAGGAAGUGCCAUCAGUACUCUUCCUGCUGCGAUCAUGAAGAACAUGCAUACUUGUGCUAACCGCAAGUUAGUUUUAUUUUGGUCUUUGAGGAUCAUGACUUUCUAAUUAAAGUUGUAAAUCAAGUGGAUUGGACAUCUUUGUUUUACAUAUGUAUCUUUUGAUAAGAUUUUUUUUUUUCUUUU